AUGACAAAUAAAAGAAAUAUAAACGAUGCUAUCAAUAGAGCAAAUAUACUUGUAAAUACAGAAUGUUUACAAGAAAGUAAAGAAAUAAAUCAUAAGAUAAAGAAAGUAAAAUAUACUGCGACUGAACACAACGAAAUUGCAAACAAACAAAUACUGGAAAACCAAGAUGGACAAGAAAAAGAUGAACAACACCUCCUCCAUCUUCAUAAUGAUGAUGAUGAGGAGGAGGAGGAAUAUGAUCAAGAGGAUGAGGAUGAGGUAGAUGGAGAAUUCCAAAUAAUAAAAGAAGAGGAAGAACAAAAUAAUAAUAAUAAUAAUAAAGAUCAAUUGGAAGAAUGGGAAGAGAUGGAAGGACAAUUAGAAGAUGAUAGUGAUUUUGAUUAUUCCUCAGGUCAAUUUGAAUCAUCUGAUGAUUCCUCCUCUUCUGAAUCUGAUGAAGAUUCGGAAUUGGGAUCAAGUGAAAAACAAGAAAUCAUAAACUCAAAAUUAAAGGAUGAUCCAAACUUGGAUAUCUAUGAAUUUGCCAAAAAUCUAAUCAUUCAACACAUAAACGAAAAGAAAAGUCAAAAUAUUAAUCCAAAAAAAUUUACCAAAGAUCUUGGUUUUACAUUACAAGUUGAUGAAGAAGAUGAAGAUCCAUGGGAAUUAAUAACAAGUUUUUUAACAAAAAGAAAAAUAGCAUUACAUUUAUUUUUCAAGUAUAUGAAGUAUCAAUCGUUUAGUCGUCCGUAUCGUCGCAAGCUGGAGCAUAUCAAUACGAUAGACGACGUUGUAAAUUUAUUCAAAACAUGUAAAAACAUUCUUAUCAUUACUGGAGCCGGAGUGAGCGUGUCGAGCGGUAUCCCCGACUUUCGUUCCAAGGGGGGUGUCUAUGAGACCAUCGAGAAAAAGUAUAAUCUGCCAGAGCCUGAAUGCCUGUUUGACAUACACUAUCUCCUCCAAGACCCCAACCCAUUUUUCGAAUUUGCCAAAGAGAUUUAUCCAGGUCGUCACAAACCAUCACCCACUCACUACUUUAUCAAAGAGUUGGAUGAGCGGGGCCUACUCCUUCGAAACUAUACUCAAAACAUUGAUACGUUGGAACACGUCGCUGGUAUUAGUCACGAGAAACUAGUCAAUUGUCAUGGUAGUUUUAGUACGGCUUCUUGUAUCAGUUGCAAGUUUACAGUUGAUUGCUCACAACUACGAGAAACAAUUGAUCGUCAACAAAUCCCUUAUUGCCAACAAUGCGAUGACUCCAAGUCGUUUAUGAAACCAAAUAUUGUCUUUUUCGGUGAGAACCUUCCCGACCGAUUCGACCAUUGCGUAAGAGAGGAUCGUCCCAAAGUUGAUAUGGUCAUUGUCAUGGGAUCCUCUCUCAAGGUUCAACCAGUCUCUCUAUUGCCCGAGUAUAUCAAUCCAAACGUCCCCCAAAUUCUCAUCAACCGUGAGAUUGUUGGUCAACCUCAUCAGUUUGAUUAUGCUUAUCUUGGUGAUUGUGAUACUUUUGUAAAGGAAAUGAAAGAAAAAUUAAAUUGGUUUUAA